GCCACCCCGUCACUACCCCCUCCGCCCGCUACUGUCAUGGCGGCGGGGGAGGGGCCGUCACGUGAGCGGGCAAGGGGGCGGGGGGAACCGGCCCGUCCCACGUGAUAGCAGGGGACGCGCGGCGUCGGCCGUUCCCCUGUCACGUGAGGCGGGCUCCCUCCUCCCUCCCCCGCCCUCCCGGCGCCCCGCGGCUCGUUCCGGUCACGUGCCCACCCGCUGCCCGCCCCAUGGCCCCGGCGGCGGCGGCGGUGGCGGCCCGACCCCCCUAGCGCCCGCGCCCGCCCCGCCCGCCGGCACCGGCCACCGCCAGCACGCUCCUUAUAGCCACAAUGGCAACGUCAUCUGAAGAAGUGUUACUGAUCGUAAAGAAGGUACGUCAGAAGAAGCAGGAUGGAGCGCUCUACCUUAUGGCUGAAAGGAUAGCAUGGGCACCCGAAGGCAAAGACCGAUUCACAGUCAGCCAUAUGUAUGCAGACAUAAAAUGUCAGAAAAUCAGUCCAGAAGGUAAAGCUAAAAUUCAGCUUCAGCUAGUAUUGCAUGCAGGGGACACAACCAACUUUCACUUCUCCAAUGAAAGCACAGCAGUGAAGGAACGAGAUGCGGUAAAGGAUCUUCUUCAACAACUGUUGCCCAAGUUCAAAAGGAAAGCUAAUAAAGAACUUGAGGAGAAGAACAGAAUGCUGCAAGAAGAUCCUGUUUUGUUUCAGCUCUAUAAAGACCUUGUUGUGAGCCAAGUAAUCAGUGCUGAAGAAUUCUGGGCCAACCGUUUAAGCCUGAAUGCAGGGGAUAAUUCUGCAGCACCUAGUAAGCAGGAUGUGGGCAUCUCUGCAGCAUUUCUGGCUGAUGUACGUCCUCAAACAGAUGGCUGCAAUGGUCUGAGGUAUAAUUUGACUUCAGAUAUCAUUGAAUCCAUAUUUCGAACAUACCCUGCAGUGAAAAUGAAAUAUGCAGAAAAUGUUCCACAUAACAUGACCGAAAGGGAAUUCUGGACACGAUUUUUUCAGUCUCAUUAUUUCCAUCGGGACAGGCUCAAUACAGGCUCAAAAGACCUCUUUGCAGAAUGUGCCAAACUGGAUGAAAAAGGGUUAAAAACAAUGGUGUCUCAAGGAGUAAAAAACCCUCUGAUAGAUUUGACAGCUUUGGAAGAUAAAACAUUAGAUGAAGGCUAUGGUGUUGCUUCUGUGGCCUCUACAUCAAAUGCCUCAAAAACAGCUAGAGAAAGUAGCAAUGCUGCCAUUAUAAAACGCUUUAAUCAUCACAGUGCCAUGGUCCUUGCAGCUGGCCUCAGGAAACAAGAAGCACAAAAUGACCAUUACAGUGAGACCAGCAGUACGGAUGGAAACUCCAGGGAUUCAGAUUUCUUUCAACCACCAAUGAAAAAGGUGAAACUGCAGGAGUCCAUUGAAUAUGAAGAUUUAGCAAAGAAUAAUAGCAUUAAAACUAUUGCACUAAACUUAAAGAAGUCUGAUAGGUAUUAUCACGGUCCGACUCCAAUUCAAUCACAGCAAUAUGCAACCAGUCAGGAUAUAAUUAAUUCUUUUCAUAGUAUUAGGCAAGAAAUGGAAGCAUAUAUACCCAAACUAACUCAGGUUCUUUCAAGUGGUGAUGCUACUAGCACUAUUGCAGUCCUGUCACCUGGAGGAGCACUUAUGCAGGGUGGAACACAGCAAGCCAUAAACCAGAUGGUGCCAAAUGACGUUCAGUCUGAAUUAAAACACUUGUACGUGGCAGUAGGGGAACUGCUACGACACUUCUGGUCCUGCUUUCCUGUUAACACACCAUUCCUAGAAGAAAAGGUUGUGAAAAUGAGGAGUAACUUGGAAAGAUUUCAGGUUACAAAGCUCUGCCCAUUCCAAGAAAAGAUUCGGAGACAGUAUUUAAGCACAAACUUGGUAAGUCAUAUAGAAGAGAUGCUGCAGACGGCCUACAAUAAGUUCCAUACAUGGCAGUCCCGGCGUAUGCUGAAGAAGACGUGAAAAUGCAUGCUGUACAGGUUUGAGAGCAAAAUCUGCAAUAGGUAUAGGAGUACAACCUAGCAUAUGUUCAGAUCUUAUAGUUGUUGCAGGAAGACCUGCAAGCUGUGGACUUCUGGAAAUGAUGCUAACUGAACUUGCACAUUUUUGAAAAAGAACUGAGAUUAAACUUGAAAACUAGGGGGAAAAAACAAGGAAGAACCAAAAGAGAAGAGCUGAGGCGCAAAAAUAUUUAAAAGACACUGUUUACCGCAGUUACUCAGGAACUGCUUUUGAUUUGCAUAAAGAGCUGCUUUCAGAAAUAAAAUAAUCUAAAGAGGUUGUAUUAAUAAAAUCUGUUUUUCCGUCUAACUUUUUCGUUUUUUUAAGAAGUGUAUGGCACAGGGUAGAACUCAGAAGUUUUUCUUCACUGGAUUCUGACAUUUUACUGAAUUCUGUUUGUACUUCCUGCAACAGUUUAACAAUGGUAUUUUAAAAUAUAGCUGAGACUGUUGUUGCUUCAAACAUCUGGGAGGGUGUAGCUGUCAGAAGACAAGCUUCUGCCAUAUGUUUCCCCACCAAUUGGAAGCAAGAGGCAUUGCACUGAAAGCUGUUUAUGGUCUGGGGUCCCUAAAGGCAUAUGGGGGCAAACUUUUGCCUGAAGUCUUGGAUUUUUAUGCAGAAUUUUCAGCCAUCAGUUUUGCAUGUUUUCCUUUGAGUGCAAGUGUGUGCUACUGCAGUCUUUUUUUUAAGGUGGCAUUUGUUCUGAGGAGAGAAUGCAUUUUUAAAAAUGGAGUUAAAUAAAGUUUCUUACGAAAGAAGUCAUUUAUUUUCAAUUGUUAGACAUUUUUUAUUUCUUCUUCUAUAUCUGUUUUCCUUCACUCUUCCCUUUUGACUGUUACACUAUUUUUGGCGAAUUGAUAAUCACUAUAGAGAGAAAAACGUGUUAUUUACACAAUGUCCAUAGAUAUUGGGAAUCUGUGCCAUACUUUGUUCCAAAUAGAAUCAGUUCACAGUUUCAGAGCAACUUGUCUUGUAUUAAAUGUGACUUAAAUGCAAAGUAAACCUGUUUCCUAUAAUAUAUGCAGUUUAAUGACAUCCUUGUAUUUUUUUGUCACCUUGACUGUACUAAAGCCCAGUAUGGGCUACUGAACUUUUUUACUUCUGACUAAAUGUGACUGUUAAGAGUAGAAGAUGCAUUUACUACAAAGACAAACCAGAGUGACAAUACAUAUUCAAAGCAAGCACAGCAGUGUUCAGUAUGGCAGAAGAAAUUCCCAUUAGCCUGCAUGAUGGCUUAAUACUAGAUUUUGCCACCAUUGAUGUGAUGCUAAAACAUGAUAGUAUGAUGUUGGGUGGAGAAUUCUUGCAAAUUCCUACAGAAGAAAAUAUGUAUUUGUAUAGCCGAGUCUGUGCUUGUUCUGUGCUGCUGCUCCAUUUAUGCAAGAGGAUUUGGUUUUUUUUUCUUUAACUGAUGCGUGGAAGCCAGCAGCUUCUUUUUAUCCAGUGUUUUUGGAUUUUUGUAUUAUGCUAAUAUUUUGGUAAAAGCUGAGUUUCAGUUAAAUGUCACUGUCUGCACCAAAAUUCUGUUUGGAAAUGUAUGUAUAUUAUUAAGCCUAGUUUCCCUGUCUGCUUUUGCAGAUAGAUGCAUGAUACUUGCUCUGUAAUGUUUGUGCAGUUCUGCUACAAGAAACGACUGGGCUCCACAAGAGAGAUGCCUGUUAUUUUUGACAGGGUGAAAACGUCACUAGGAAUAAACAGAUGUACAUACAGCAUUUGGGGGAUGAGGUGCACAUCCUGUCAAAAGUUACCUCUUGUGAUAAAUAAACUGUUUCUGUAAUAUUUAGGCUUAGGGUAUGGCUUUAUUAAGCCUAAUCCUCGUGUGCAGGCAGCUCCUGGAAAGGGUAGUUUUGUUCUCCCCCACUCCGAAGCAUUUGGUCUAGCAAUUCUAUGGCCAAAUUUCAACUGUUUAGUGAAAGCUGUAACACCUUUCAUCAUAUCAGAGGGCUAGGUUCAAGAAAAUAUGUCUGGUUUAUAUUCUAACUGUGCCUGAAGCUAUGAACAGCGUGUUUGAGUAUUAGACUGCACUGAGACUUCAUUUAAAAUAA